AUGCCUUCGCUACGCAACGUCCUCGUCGGAUUGGCGAGUAUUGGCAGCGCCCUAGCGGCAGGAUCAUACCCGUCGCUCAAGGUUCGAAAUGCUGGUGUACCCGUCGGGCAAUUGAAGAACGUGAGCGGAAUUCAAAUAUACCACUCCUACCCACCAGGCCGCAACACGUCAGCAAAAGCCAUCCUCUUUGUAACCGAUAUCUACGGUGUUCCCCUUCUGCAGAAUCAACUGCUCGCCGAUUCCCUCGCCAGCAAUGACUACCUGGUAAUUAUGCCAGACCUCUUUGCUGGUGAUGCAGUGUCCGUCGAGGAGCAGGAAGCUGGGCUGAAUUUGACGGAGUGGCGCGCCCUGCAUCCUACGCCGGAAAUCGACCGCAUCAUCAACACCACCAUUGGCUACAUGCGCAGCAAGCUGGAUGUUGAAAAGAUUGGAGGUGUAGGGUACUGCUUUGGGGGCAAGUAUGUCCCGAGGUUCUUGAAAGCGUCAGGCGGAAUUGAUGCAGGAUUCAUCGCGCAUCCGAGCGCCUUGACAGAGGGGGAGAUUAGCGCUAUCAAGGCGCCCGUUAGUAUAGCUGCUGGCACACUCGAUGCAGCCUUCAACGCGACAGCGAAAUCCCGCGCGGAGACCAUCUUGAACUCGAACAAUGUGACCUUCCAGUCGAAUCUGUAUUUCGCAGCGCCUCACGGUUUUGCAGUCCGUGUUAACCAGAGUAUCCCACAGCAGGCGUAUGCGAAGCAGGCAUCAUUUGUUCAGGCAGUGACGUGGUUUGAUUCGUGGUUGUAA